GGGAGAACGCUUAACAAUGACGCUAAACGAUACUUUCAAUAUAACGGACUGUCCGAACUUAGAAAGUGAUUAUGAGAUCUCUUAUCGGAGAUUUAGGGUUACGGUGGAUGUGUUUAUUGUAGGAUUUUUAUGUAUAUUUGGGAUUUUGGGAAACAUUAUUUCCAUGUGCGUUAUAAAGAGUGGAAAGAUAGCCCCGGCAAGGACUACAACAUUUCUUCUACAGUGUCUAUCAGUAAGUGACAGUUGCUAUCUCGUUAUGGCUUUUCUAAGUUCGAGUCUGAGAGGAAUUUGGAAAUAUACAGAUUGGGGAGACCCGUUUUAUGGUAACUACCCCUACAUGUAUCGUUACAUAUGGGCACUAUCCGCGAUCGGACGAUUAUUGGCCGUCAAUUUCGUCGUUCUUGUUACGCUGGAUAGAUACCUAAUGAUUUGUCAUCCGUUGAGUGUGAAGCGAUGGUGUACAUUUCCGAGGGUCCGCAUAAUGGCUAUCGUUACUAUCAUCGUUUCUAUUGGGUUUAACAUCCCGCGGUUCUUUGACAAAGUGCCGGUAGAAUACAACAACUGUACGAAGUUUUUCGAAGUCGGGGGCUAUGCGGACUAUCUAAAGUUAAACGGAGAAUUUUACUCAAUGGCCUACAUCACGGUCCUCUACUACACGGCUAAUGUGAUCAUCCCGAUCAUAGUCCUUCUCGUCCUCAAUUCACAGAUCAUAGCAGUCCUCAAGAGGUCCUCAAAGUUUAAACGAGCGUCCUCAAUGAAAACAACAUCGACAAAGGAACAAAAAGCUGUGAACAACCCUAAAGAAAGAAUGGUCACAGUGAUGUUAUGUGUUGUUGUCGUCGUCUUUAUCGUGUGUCAGACCCCAGCAUUUGCCAUCAGCAUGGUGUACACAUUAUACUCAUUUGGGGUGAAGAUGCCCGACAGAAGCAUGAUGAGAUACUGGUAUUCAAUCGGGAUAACACUUGUAGCCUUUAACUCAGCCAUCAAUUUUGUAGUAUACUUUGCUUUUUCAAAUCAGUUCAGACAAGUGCUCAUUUCACACUUGAUUCGGAUGAAAUUUUACUUCAAAGGCCCAGUAGCGCAGAGCAAGACACUCGAGGAAAAUAUGCCAAUGACAACAGAAGUAAAUGAAACAAACGGCAUAGACAGUAAUAUAUCACCCAGGGGACGUGUUUAAUAACAUAGCUUUAUCCUUUGUAUCACUUGUAUCACUGGAAGUCUGAAAAUGGAUUGUUUUAGCGAUGUGCAUUUAUAUUCAUAAUUAACAGAUGGUAUACUAUAGUGCUCUCUAACUUGAAAAUGUGUUACACUCCCCUCCAUAAGUUUAUCAAGUCUAAUUCUCUAUUGGAUAGCGUGCUUCAGUCUGUUUAAGUUUGGAUCUUAUUUUCCGUCAACUACAUAAGGUCAAAAAACUUUAAUGGAUUAUUUAAAAUCGCACAACAUGAAAUUAAUACGCUUUUUUGGGGAAUUGGUGUUACCAAACGUUUAGAAGGGAGUGAAUGCACUUUAGUCAAUAGCUCUUAAUAAUCAUUACAGACUUGUUAAUCGAUAUGAUGGUUUU